GAGACGCAACGAUAGCGUGACGAUAGUUCGCGGGAAAGCGGGAACCGUUAUUAUGAGGCGUCGUUGACGCCUCCGACGCCUCGCCGCGGCUCGCCGUCUCCCGCGCGAACAAAAGGGAUUGUCGGGAAAUGGCGGAGGACGAGGAAGCGGACUGCCCGAACAACGCACGGCUGUUCCGAAUCGCUGUCUCCAACAACCUGAAGAACAUAGCCGAGUCCGUGAGCGAGAAUGAGUUUCUCGAGAUACUCACGAUUCUCAAGUCGAAUCCCAAAACCGCCCAGAAGUUGCACAAAGCCAUGAUAAAGGAACUGUACAACAGCAUGGACGAUGAUCUGAAAGAUAUAUUGAAGGAAGGCAGCCUGCAGGAAACCUUGACCAAAAUAGCCAAACUGUCCGAGGAAAGUACGACAUCCGCUAACGAACACGCAUGGCGUCCACCAGGGGAUGUAACCAGGCAUAUGAGAUCACUGGACGCGCACAAGAUCAAGGAGGCGACAGAGGAAUUGGAGGAACGAGUGAGCGAGAUGGAAAGGGAAAAUAAAAUCCUAAUGAGAACAAUCGCGGAAUGUAGAUCGAGGAUACGUACCACGAACGAUAACGUGACGAGAAUUCUGAAUUCCGCGCCAAUCAUCCUGCAACGAUUAGAAAACACGCGCGAACAGCUAACGACUUGUCUCAAAACGAUCGAAAACGAAUAGCUCCGAGAUGGAUCUCGGAAGCACGAUGUAUAUAAUGUGUAUAUAUAUAUAGAUUAUAACGUAUUUCUGUUAAAAAUAAUAGAUUCGUGAAAAGUAUACGUUUAUUACAAGUAUAUACAUAUCAAGAGACACUGCAGUGUCUCGCGUCAAUUUGUAAGCGCCCAAUUUCAAUUCAAGCUUCAAUUCAAUUUUAGCUAAAAAGAGAAGAGGGUGAAAAUAAAGGAAAAUUUAAUUUUA